UUAGUAGUGUCGCCGUCGAUGCACUCAAUUAUGCCAAAUCUGGCCACACUGCCGUAUCGUAUAUGGUUCCGGCUCCGAUUUCGCCGGUAUUUAUGCAAAUGGUUUUAAGAUGAAGAAAAACAAUCUCUCCUUGAAAAAGAAUGCUCGCGAUAUAAAUCAAUCUCAGAAGAAAAUAUCGGCAUAUUUUGCGAAGGAUUCUAACGAUGGGCCAUUAAAAAGUAAGGAUAAUACGGUAAAUGGUAUUGUUGAAAGAGGUUCGCCAAAUGACGGAACAUGCAAAAAAAGAAAGCCAAUGGAAGACGUAGAAUUAUCGGAGACUCGUUCGAAAAUUAUUAAGUAUAAUGAUACAUCUGUUGCAUGCAACUCAAAAACACUGCAGGACCAAACGCAUGCAAUUAUAAACAAACCAAACGUGAUUCAUAAUGUGUUUAGAGAUGACAGAAAAUGUGUUAAAGAUGCAUCUCCCAAGAAAAAUUUGACUGUGGGGGAAUAUAAAGAAAAUGUAGGUUUGGAUAGAUGCAAAAGUACAUUGCAUAAACAGAAUGAGAAGAAAGUGGAAAACAAUGUUUUAUUACUCAGUAAUAACUUUAACGAGGAUAUUUUUAUAAAACAGAAUAAGACAGAUUCUAUAGAAAAUGAAAAAAUUGAACAAUUAAAUGAAUUUGACAAGAAUCAUACCGAAUCAGAUGUAUUAAAACCAUGUAUUAUGGAUGAUUUUAUUGAUUGCUUUGAAGAAGAUUGGUGUACAGAUAAUCAAAUAAAUUUUAAUUCUUUGCAAAGAUGUACUAUUAUUGAUGUAAAAAGAGAAUGUAGAAGUGUUUUAUUAAUUGUGGAACAAGAAGAUACUGCAUUGAAUGCAACUGUUAUGUGUUUAGAUUUUUGGAAAAAUGUAAAAGUGAAGAAGCAUGAUAUUGUUACAAUACAAGCAAGAAAAGAAUCUCAGUAUUGGGUCAUAGAUAAUGCUAGUGGUUUUCUCAUUGUUCAUUCAGAUUUAUUAAUAUCUGGAACAACGAUAGUUGGUGCCUUAUUUUGUAAUAGAAAAGCAGUGUUAGCUGAGAAAUUUAAAAAGCUAGAAACUCUUCCUUACUAUGAAGGAGAUCAAACACCAUUAGUUAUUGGAAAUCUAGCUCAUCAAUUACUACAAAAGGCAAUGUGUCAAGAUGUUCAUAAAAUAUCAGACAUUACAAAGCUACUGGAUAGCAUAUUACAAACCAAGGAAACGAUUUAUACACUUUAUGCAUCAGAUAUUCCAUUCAAUGAAUGCAGACAACAGAUGUUAACAUUUGUACCAAAAAUAUUUGAAUUCAUACAACAUUAUUUGAAAGAUAAAAAGCAACAAGAAAUAAGUAAUAUAAAAGACAAUUUCAAGGGAAAAAUCACUCAUGUGCAUGAUAUAGAAGAAAAUAUUUGGCUUCCUAAAUUAGGUGUCAAAGGUAAAGUGGAUGUUACAAUAGAAGUUAAUGUGAACUCAAAGCGGAAAAUUAUACCUCUGGAAAUAAAAACAGGUAAGCCUUCAUUCUCUCUAGAACAUAAAGGUCAACUUAUUUUAUACAUCAUGAUGAUGGCUCUUACGGGGCAAGACACAGAUACAGGUCUGCUAUUGUAUCUCAGAGAAAAUGAUAUGAAAGAGAUUAAAGGUGAACAUCCUGAAAGGAGAGAUUUGAUAUUAUUAAGGAAUACUUUAGCCAAUUAUUUGGCACCUAAGCCAGUCGAUAAAACGUCGAAUUUUACUUCUGAAUCAGAUUGGCAAGCGUUAGAAUUACCAGAACCAAUUAAUCAUCACAAAGCUUGUUCUACAUGCCAAUAUAAUACAUUAUGUUGCGUCUAUUUAAGUAAAGACACUGAAACACAGUUAUCAGAAUCUCAUCCAUUGACCAAACUCAGUAAAGAAAUUUUAGGCAAAUUUAAACCUACACAUAUCGACUACGUCGUAAAAUGGGUUUCAUUGUUGCAAAUGGAGAACAUCGCGCAGACAUCUGAUAAUAUAUUAAGAUAUAUGUGGACGCUAAGCCCGGAAAAACGAGAAAAGAAGAAAAUUUGUAUUUGUAAUUUAAAAGUAAUAGGCAAAGUCAUUGAACACAAUUCUAAAUACCAGCACACGUUCGUUCGUACAAAUGUAAACGAACAGCUUUCGAGUGUUAAUAUUCCAUAUAUGGAAUUUACAGAAAAUGAGUAUGUGGUAGUGAGUACAGACACGCGAGUAAACAUAUCAGCGGGAUUUAUAAUACAUAUAAAAGAAGAUUCUGUCACUGUUUCACUAGACAGAGAUAUUACUAAAUAUAAUAUUAACGAGUCGUUACACAUAGAUAAGUAUUCAUCUUCAUCUUUGCUUUCCUCUAAUCUUGCCAAUGUAGGUGGUUUAAUGGGCGACAAUGAAAUUUGUGCAAAACUACGAGAUAUUGUGAUAGAUCGGAAACCUGCAACAUUUGUCAAAGGGUUGUCGCAGUCUGUUGUACGCAAAAGUGCCAAGAUAAUACACAAACUAAAUGAAGACCAACAAAGAGCAAUUCUAAAAGUAAUGACUGCCACCGACUACAUUUUAAUCAAAGGAAUGCCGGGUACAGGGAAGACACAGACGGUGGUGGCUUUAAUAGAACUGUUACACGAAACAGGAUACUCGGUUUUAAUUACCGGAUAUACAAAUAGCUCUGUGGAUAAUAUUUUGCUGAAACUGCUGGACAAAGGUAUCGACUUUUUACGAUUAGGCUCGUCGUCCGUUCAUCCAAUGGUGCAACCAAAAUCGGAAAGAUAUGCAAUUGCAAAUUGUCACUCUAUCGAGAGUUUAGAAUCAGCGUACUUUAGCAAAAAUAUCAUUGGAGUGACUUGUUAUGGCGCUCAUCAUGUACUCCUUAAUAAACGUACAUUCGACGUGUGCAUUGUAGAUGAGAGUACACAAGCACUACAACCAACUGUACUAAGGCCAUUAUAUAGUGCACGUAAAUUUAUUCUUGUAGGCGAUCCUGACCAAUUGCCUCCUGUCAUUAAGAGUACAACAGCGAAAAAGCUUGGUGCAAAUGAAUCCCUGUUUUGUCGCCUGGACAGUAAAAAUAACACCGUUAUGUUAACAAAACAGUAUAGAAUGAAUAAAAGAAUUAUGUAUUUGGCAAAUAAGUUGACAUACAACGAUACGCUAGCGGCAGGGAACACGACGAUAGAAAACGCUACUUUUAGUGCAGGGCACAGUGAAGUAAGUUUAAUUAUUACUAAUUUAAUGAAACAAAAGAGAUGGGUACAGGAGGCAUUGUCGCAGACCAUAAACGAUUCUGUAAUUAUACUGAACACUGGUUGCACCAGUGAUUUAAAAACAAGCCUUGAAUUGAACGACAAGUAUCCAAAAAGCUAUCAAAAAAAUUCAAAUGUUUGGGAAGCUGCCAUAAUUGUUGAGUUACUACGGGCUUUCUUAGUGAUAGGUGUGGAUCCCCAAAAUGUUGGAAUUAUUGCACCGUACAGAGCACAUGUAAGUCUAUUGAAAGAAAUUAUUCAAGAAGAUAUUGAAGUGAACACAGUUGAUCAAUAUCAAGGGCGUGAUAAAGAGAUUAUAAUUUACUCCUGUGCAAAAAGUUCAACUAAUACUAGCGACAUGAAAGAGGAUUUUGAAAUCUUGGGAGAUCAUAGAAGAUUAACUGUAGCUGUGACGAGAGCUAAGCAUAAGUUAAUUAUUAUUGCAGAUACAAAUACUUUAUCACAAUACUCGUCAUUUAAAAAAUUAUUUAACUUGACAGGAGACAAAAAUGUAAUAAAUUUGCACGAUUAUCAUGAUUUCUCCUGGAAAAGUGUUAUGUGCGCGUUGUAACAAUACGUUCUUUUUCUCUUUUUGAGAGAAUGAAAAAGAAAUAUCAAUUUGCAACACAAUAACAAUUUAAAUGAUUU